AUGAGUGGUGUAUCCGGUGGUGGUGUUCCUCCGGCGAGUAGUGCAACCGGUGGUGAUGUUCUUCCGACAAGUGGUGUGUCGGGUGUUGGUGUAACGGGUGCUAGUGGUGCUCGGCAAGAUAGUCAAUCCGUAUUGGAGUAUUAUGGACGUGUUCCAUUCCAAAAGUUAGUGUCCAAGUUGGGAGUUCUUGAUCUCCACUCUCCGGCUUGA